AUGAGUGGCGAGUCUGUUCGGUUGGAAGAUGUAGCACUAAGUGAUCGCUUUUGUGUAUUUGAAAGCUUCGAGAUUGCAUCCCUGACCAGAUGCUCAUACAAGGAUUCUGCAAUGGGACAUAAUGUUUCGUGUAAGUGUGCUACCACUGGAAGUGCAAGUCUUCUUGAAGGAAACAGGACUGAAAGCAAGGACGCAGGAAGGUGCACAUUUCAGGAUGAAGCGUGGAGAAGCAACUGCUUUCCCUGUGCCAGAGACAGACAGCUUAGUUGGUCCAAGGAGAGACAGACCGUUAUCAACGGCAGUGCCGUAUGCGGUAUCGAAGUCGCGGGAUCGUGCGCGGGUUUGAUUAUCCGAAGCUACAUACUCGUUGAUGAGGGUAUUUCUUUAGCUCCCAGUGCGCCAUUGAUGGUUUUUCUCCCAGAGGAGGUUCAUCUCUCGACGCAUCAUGUUGUGAUGCUUGGCCUUGAUGGCAAAUGCCGAAAAAAUCAUUGA